AUGCCGAGUGCCAAGUGGGAGAUCGCGCGCAUCGGCGUGUACAUCACCAUCCCCGUCGUCGCCACCUGCAUCUACGCGCAGCCCGACUGCAUCAACUUCAUCAUCGACAGGUGGCGGUACAUCCAGUACCCGCCGCAGGCCGUGACUCGCGAGGAUUACUACAAGAAAAUGCGCGAGCUUGCCAAGGAGGACAAGUAA